CAAGUCAUCGCAACACUCCAGAAGCUGGGAUUUUGUUGUUGUGGCUUCUCCACCGAAGUUUUCUUUGUUUGCUUUGGAGCGGGACGCUGUGAAGAACUUUGUUUGAGCAAGAUGAAUCUCUUCCGUUUGGCUGGGGACUUGUCCCAUUUGUUGGCCAUUGGCGUUUUGCUGGCCAAAAUGUGGACGAGUCGUUCUGUGUCUGGAAUAUCGGGCAAGAGCCAGGUGAUGUUCGCCAUGGUAUUUGUCACCCGCUACUUGGACCUGUUCACCACAUUCAUCUCUGUCUACAACAGCGUUAUGAAAACCGUAUACAUUCUUGGAACGUUCUUCACGAUUUACCUGAUUUAUAUGAAAUUCAAGGCGACCUAUGAUGGAAACCAUGAUACGUUCCGCAUGGAGUUCCUCAUUGUUCCUGUAGCCGGUCUUUCCGUGCUUGUCAACCACGAGUUUACUGUCAUGGAGAUCCUGUGGACGUUUAGUAUCUACCUGGAGUCGGUUGCCAUUCUGCCACAGCUAUUCAUGAUCACGAAGACGGGCGAGGCGGAAACGAUCACGUCGCACUACCUGUUCGCACUGGGCGCGUACCGUGGUCUGUACCUGGCUAACUGGAUCUACCGCUACUACACGGAGGGUUUCUUUGAUCUGAUUGCCAUCGUGGCUGGCUGUGUUCAGACUGCCCUCUACUGUGAUUUCUUCUACCUGUACAUCACCAAAGUUGUGAAGGGCCAGUCAUUGACGCUGCCAGCAUAAAUCCCUUGUCUUGCUUUUAUGACCUGGUUCGGGUCGAGGGUGUCCGCUCCAUGUCAAGUUGAACAUAAAAUAUUUCGCCUACUAGUAUCUGGUGCAUGCUCUGUGUUUGUGUUAGCUGGCAUCUUGCACGCUUUUUUUCUGUACAAAGAAUUUCUCUUACUCGCGCUCUCCGUCGUCACAUGCUGUCUAGCCUUUCCCUGUUAUUUUAUUAUUUUGUAAUAGAUUGACUGCAGGCAUGAUGCUAGCAACUUAACCGAUAUUUGUCAAUGCUUUCAUUUUGUUUAUAGCCGAAUUGCUGCCAAUCGCUGCUCUUAUUUGUCCCGUUGGGUAAUAUUUCUACGUUAUUGUAUGUUGAUAUAGCCUGAACAAUCACCUUCACGGUUGUUUGUGAGUACGUGCGUCUUGUGCGCAUAUACACAUA